UAACCUCCAAUCCUCAACUAAAGCACAUCACAAGAUUCACAACUCACUACUACAACUUUGUUAUUUCAAAGCUUCUUCAAUCACCUCUCAACAAAAUGGCUCAAGAAUGUCCCAAGAAGCACAUGGUCGAACAAUACGGACCUUAUGGUUCUCAAUUACCUGAAAACUACAGCUUUCAACUUCAAGAGGGUGAAACUUUCAAGGAAGUCAUAGUAAGGCAUGGGUUCAUUGUGGAUGCAAUUGGGUUCGUCGUAGCUAAGCCAUGUGGAGUUACCUACACCUUCACUAAGAUGUUUGGUGGCAAUGGCGGAUGCGAGACAAGGAUUGUGCUCCAGCAUGGUGAAAAAAUAACAAGAAUUAGCGGUACCUAUGGAAACUACAAAUAUCAAAACAACGAAUGUGUGAUUGCUACAAUGAAGAUCCACACCAAUUUACGUCCAACGGGGUAUGGACCAUUUGGAGAAGGAAAGGGAAUUCAAUGUCCUCAAGAAUUCUCAUCACCAAUGCUACUAGACGGUCCUAUUGUCGGAGUUUUUGGAAGGCACAACAACUAUCUCGAGUCUGUUGGAAUUUUUGUCAAGAAGAUGGAUAACCCAUGCACUAAUCAAGUAUGAUGCUGAAGCUACCGUGAUUGCCUAGCCUCUAGCUUUCACGGUUUUGCCUUGGAGUUUAUACGUUUUGAAUAAGUCACAUACAUCAUACAUGUACUAUCUAGUACAAGGUGGCCUCUCAAGUUUGAUUUGUCACCAAAUAAUCAACUUGAGUGAUUAUUGUAUCAUUGGCUAUUAUUAUUAUAUAAAUACUCUGAUCUCUAUUGACAAAUGA